AUGUGGCAGAAGAAUGAGACCUCUCUGGCUGACUUCCUCCUUGAAGGGCUCUUUGAUGAGUCCCUCGCCCAUGUCUUUCUCUUCUCCUUGACCAUGGUGGUCUUCCUGGUUGGGGUGAGUGGCAACUCCCUCACUAUCCUCCUCAUCUGUGCUGACCCCAGGCUUCACACCCCCAUGUACUUCCUGCUCAGCCAGCUCUCCUUCAUAGAUUUGAUGUAUGUCAUCACAACCACCCCCAAGAUGGCUUCCAACUACCUCUCUGGCAGCCAGUACAUUUCCUUUGCAGGUUGUGGUACCCAGCACUUCUUCUAUUUGUUUGUGGGUAGUGCUGAAUGUUUUCUACUAACUGUAAUGUCUUAUGACCGCUACGUGGCCAUCUGCAACCCACUGCACUACACUAUUCUAAUGAACAGAAGGGUGACACUGAUGAUGGUUGCCAUGUCAUGGUUGGGAGGAUUUACUAUCUCAUUUAGUCUCACAGCAUCCUUAAUGUCCUUUCCCUACUGUGCGUCUCGUAAAAUCCGCCAUUUCUACUGUGAACUUCCAGCUGUUGUAAAGUUGGUAUGUGGAAACAUCACUAUUUUUGAGACAACUGUGUACAUCUGCAGUGUGCUACUUCUCCUUAUCCCCAUUCUCCUGGUCUCUGCAUCCUAUGCCUUCAUCCUCCGCAGUGUCAUUAAGAUGCGAUCUGCUGGGAGUAAGAGAAAUGCCUUUGCCACCUGUAGCUCCCAUCUAACAGUGGUUUCUCUCUAUUUUGGUGCCUCAAUCUUUUCAUAUAUGAGGCCCAAGUCACAAAGCACUACAUUUCAAGACAAAGUUGGUUCUGUGUUCUAUAGUAUCAUUACUCCCACCCUGAAUCCUCUGAUCUAUACUCUCCGGAAUAAGGACGUAGCUAAGGCUAUAAGAAGACUGCUGGGGAGAUAG